AUGGUCCCUGGCCCUGAUGGUAUUAGUGGGCCAUGCUUAGAAAACUUGUGCCAGAUGGGUGUGAUCUGUCCUCCACCACCCAUUUCUGAAUUUGGAGCCCUCUCUUACCAUAGACUUAAGCCUGGAAACAUAUCUGUUUUCCAAGAUGAAAUCAAGUUUGAAUGUUUGUUGCCUUCGGCAUUAAUAGAUAACGAAACAGCUAGGUAUCUGGCCUUGCAGAAAUGGAGUGGGAUACCAGAAUGCAGAAAAGUGAAAUGUCCAUAUCCAGCAGAAAUAAAAAAUGGAUUCAUAAGCUUUGGUCUUCGCGAAAUUUAUCAGUAUAAAAACAGAGUGACCUAUGGCUGCGAUCCUACGUAUGUGAUGGAUGGACCUGCAGAGUCUACAUGUGAAAAAACAGGAGACUGGUCAACGAAACCAACUUGCAAAGCACCGUGUAAAAUACUAGUUAAAAGAGCUACAGUGUUAUACAACCAGCAGAGAGUAAACGUGCAAGACCAUCUCAAAGGAGGGAUACAGCAUGCUGAGACCAUCUGGUUCUUCUGCAAAAAUAAAGACCAGCACUGUAGCUAUACUGUACCUGCUCAGUGCAUAGAUGGUAAUCUCACAGCCCCUGCCUGUUUUAAAGGUCUGACGUAG